UAACAGUCCUCCACUUUGUCUGGCCAGAUUAGACACAAACCACACACCACACACCACCACGACACAACAAUGCCCAGGGCACCAAAGCCAACCAAGGCGAGGCAUGACCCCCUCCACGUCGCCAUCGAGGCAGACGAGAGCGUGCGGAGGUUUGGACGCGUGACCGCCCCUGGAAAGAGGAAAGGCCGCGUCGACGAGGAUGCCGAGGCCGAAGGCCAGGUCGAGGAUGCGCGCAUGUCGAGGAAGAUUCUCGACCUCGCCCGCGAGCAGCAGGACGAGAUUGCCGACGAGCUCGGCGAGGGCGACGACUGGGAGGACGAGGAGGACGAGGACGAGGCCGAGCCCUCGGCGCGCCCAAGGCAAUCGCGGCCAGUGGACUCGGACGACGAGGACGAGAUGAGCGAUGGGGACGUGUCGGGUGGCGAGGAAGAGGCUGAGCUGCACAUCGACCCCGAGGACCACGCGACGCUGGAUGCGCUGAACGCUGGCGAGAGCUCGGGCGGCGGCAAGACGCUCGCCGACAUGAUCUUCUCCAAGCUUGAGAGCGGUGUGACAUCAGCGUUUGACGAGGACGACGGCCCGCCCGACCCGGCAAAGGGCCUGAACCCCAAGGUUGUGGAGGUGUACACCAAGGUCGGCUUUCUUCUCUCGCGGUACAAGUCUGGCCCAUUGCCCAAGGCGCUCAAGAUCCUGCCGUCUCUUCCCCACUGGGCGCAGCUACUGGCACUCACCCAGCCCAGCAGCUGGACGCCGCACGCGACCUACGCUUGCACCAAGAUCUUCGUGUCCAACCUCAAGCCGUCCGAGGUGCGCGUGUUCAACGAGGGCGUGCUGCUCGAGCGCGUGCGCGACGACAUGCGCAACAACCACGGCAAGCUCAACGUCCACCUGUACGAGUCGCUCAAGAAGGCGCUGUACAAGCCCGCAGCCUUCUUCAAGGGCAUUCUCUUCCCCUUGUGCGAGUCGGCAUGCUCGCUCAAGGAGGCGGCGAUCGUCGCGUCCGUCCUGAGCAAGGUAUCGGUGCCGGUCCUCCACUCGGCCGCUGCGCUCCUCCGCCUCGCGAGCAUGGACUACUCUGGCCCCAACUCGCUCUUCAUCCGCAUCCUGCUCGACAAGAAGUACGCGCUGCCGUACAAGGUCGUCGACGCGCUCGUGUUCCACUACAUCCGCCUUGCCAACUCGCCCCGCUCGGCCGACGGCGAGGACAAGCUCCCCGUGCUCUGGCACCAGAGCCUGCUUGUCUUUGUCCAGCGCUACGGCUCGGACCUGACCUCGGACCAGAAGGACGCCCUGCUGGACGUCAUCAAGGUCCGCCCUCACCCGACUAUCAGCCAGGAGAUCCGCCGCGAGAUUGUCAGCUCGGUCGAGCGCGGCGCGCCCCGCCCUGAUGACAGCGGCGACGUGGCGAUGUAGAGGGGUUGCUUUGAUUGUCAUGCAUGGUGUAGAAUAGUAUAGAUGUGAUCCGUGGCUUUGGG